AUGGACUGGAUUAGAAUUCUGACGGCAACUGAUAUUAUGUCGAUUGAUAAAAAAACAUUUGAGAAUAUGAAACGAUUGCAAUAUCUGUACUUAAGUGGCAAUAAGAUAUCCAUUAUUAAGAGCAACACUUUCCAUACAAACCAUAUAUUGGAACUUUUAGUUCUCUCUCAUAAUCCGAUCACUAAUUUGGAGCCAAAUUCUUUCGAUGGUUUGACAAACUUAACUGAAUUAGAUCUAAGAGACUGUCGACUAAAUCAUUUGCCGCAACAGAUAUUCGAUGAGUUGAAGAGUUUGGCAAUACUUUGGUUGGACGGAAACCUAUUGACGGAUUUGCCGAGUGAUGUCUAUAUCGAGAAAUCAAUUACCAUACGUCACGUCAGAUAUAUUCUGGGAUCAUUGGCUGGAAAUUCCAUAUCAUAUAUAGGAGAUAGUAGUUUUGGUGCAGAAUUGAACUCGUUGUUGAAAUUCUUAAGUCUAUGGCAUAGAAAUAACAUGGGCAAUGAUAAGUCUAUGGCAAUGCUAAUCCUAUGGGUAAUGAACAUAAUGUUGAAGAUUGUAUUAGUAUUGUCUGCGGUCGCCCUUUGUUGCGCCUGGGCCACACCCGCUCCGACACCCGUCCCAACACCCACUCAAGAUCCGGUGGACUUCUACUGUUCCCGAGACGGAUAUAUGCCCUAUAGUUUAGAUACCCAUAAGUUCUAUCAGUGCGAGAGUAUUGGACCCCAUAAGUGGAGACUCACUCUAGAGAUCUGUCCGGUAGGCCUCGUCUGGCAUCAAGAGCUCAAGAGAUUUCAGAUUGUGGAUGAACAGAAUGACACCUUCCUGUACUCUGCAAUAUUCCUUAAUUCCUGUAUAAUACAGGUCACUCCUGUAUAUCUGGCAACGCUAUAUACAAUACUUACUCAAAUUAUAAAUCAGACAACACUUUACUAUAUAACUACACCGACACCACCACCCGCUCCAACACCCACUCAAGAUCAGGUGGACUACUACUGUACCCGAGACGGGUACAUGCCCAAUUUAGAUGUCCAUAAGUACUAUAAGUGCGAGCGUAUUGGACCCCAUAAAUGGAGGAUAAUUCUAGUGCCCUGUCCGGUAGGCCUCGUCUGGCAUCAAGAGCUCAAGAGAUGUGACUUUGAAUAA